CACCGUUGACCUCACCAACCGCGCCCUCGACAGCGGUCGGAACAAGAAGUCCAGAAUCGACGACCUCAUCCGCGACGGCGCCGACGCCCGGAUCGCCGCGCCGUCGCCCUCACCAACAUCUCCGCCGAUCGCGAGCUCGUCCCCCUCGUCGUCCCCAUCGUGGUCCAGGUCCUCGACUCGCUGCCUUCGUCGCCCGGAUGGCCGCCCCCCUUCUCUCCUUCCAGCUCCCCCUCGACGACGCCUCUCCCACUUCCAAGAAGGCCGCCAGCAUCCACUCCCUCGUCCGGAUCGAUCGCGAGUCCGCGGUCGUUCGCCCCAGUUUGCUCCAUCGUGAAACACGUGUGUGCUCGCGUGGCUACGUGGCGAAAUCUAGUUGGCGCGGUGCACCUGGUCUAGGGUAUAACUUCUCAUGUGUGCGCGUGUGGGUCAGAUAUAACCGGCUCAUUCUGUCCUAUUGCGGGAAAAGAAAUGCAAAGAGGUAAGCAUGAUUGGCUUUCAUCAAGUCGAGAUCGGUCUUCUGUGGCAUUUCCACGAAAAAGCCAUCGACUUGCUGAGACAAAUAUAUAAAUUUGUUCCAUUUGGUGCCCGAGAAGAAGAAAAUGGCCAUAGCAGAGUUCCUACUUUUGCUCACUAUCUCGGCAGCGGUGUUUCCACUUCAUGUACAGCCAGGUGAUACAAUAACACCAAGUAAAGCCAUCAUGGAUGGCCAAACCUUAAUCUCUUCAAAAGGAACCUUUGAAAUGGGAUUCUUCAAUCCACAUGAUUCGAAGAACCAAUACUUGGGAAUAUGGUAUAGAAACAUCCCAGUUCAGACAGUGGUGUGGGUUGCCAAUAGGGACUCUCCUCUCAACAGCUCUACGGGAGUUUUGAAUCUCACCUCCAAUGGAAAUCUUGUCCUUCUCAAUGACAGUGGAUAUGUCUUAUGGUCGACAGGCACAUCAAAUGUAACAAAUCCCACCGUGCAGCUCUUAGACUCAGGAAACCUCAUCUUGACUGGAGGGACUUCGAAGAGCUUAUUGUGGCAGAGCUUUGAUCAUCCAUGUGAUACUCUGCUACCAGGCAUGAAGCUUGGAUGGGAUUCCAGUACUAAUUUCAAUAGGUAUCUUACAUCAUGGAGGAGUGCUUCUGACCCUUCUCCUGGAGAAUAUGCCUACAAGUUUAAUAUCCAUGGAGUACCAGAGGUUUUUCUAUGGGAAAAGUCUGCUCGAAUCUAUCGCAGUGGACCCUGGAAUGGACAAGGUUAUAGUGGCCGUCCUGAGAUGAUAAAAAAUAAUAUGUUCAGAUUUCAUUUCAUUUCCAAUCAGGAUGAGCAUUAUUAUACGUAUGAAGUAUUGGACAGUUCUAUUAUAUCGCGGUUAGUGCUGAGUGAUGGAAAAGCUCAGCGUUUUCUGUGGUCUAAAGUGAAAAAUGAUUGGAAUUCUUACUGGUAUGUUCCAAAAGACCCAUGUGACAAGUAUGCUUAUUGUGGGGCUAAUGGAGUCUGCAAUACCAGUUACUCAUUGUUCUGCCAGUGUUUAAAGGGAUUUGAUCCAAAGUCUACUAACGAUUGGAAUCAAAGAGUAUAUUUGGGUGGUUGUGUGAGGAAAACACGUUUAGAUUUCCAGUCAGAUAGGUUUUCUGAAUUGGUAAAUGUGAAGUUGCCUGAUGCAUUGAAUGCCACUGCAGACAGCAACAGAAGUCUUGAUGAGUGCAGAGAGUGGUGCUUGAAGAACUUCUCUUGUGUAGCCUUUGCUUUCAGUGGAGGAAGUGGAUGUCUGACAUGGACUGGUGAUCUGGUAGAUAUCAAAGUAUUUGCUGAAGGAGGGGAGAAUUUAUUUGUUCGGCUUGCAGCUUCUGAUUUAGAUACAACAAAGGGUGAUUCUAGUAAGAAGCAACGUGCAAUUGUCAUUAUUAUUCCCUUAAUAUUGGGAUUUCUCGUAUUUGUGUUCCUUGGACUAUUUAUGUUAAAGAAGAAACGAAAACAAGGUAUAAUAGGUGACUCCUGCUCCAAAGAAAGCAGUGGGAAGGAGCUGGAAUUGCCUUUGUUUGAUAUGUCUGUGAUGGAAAGUGCAACAGAUAACUUCUACUCUAAUAAUAAACUUGGAGAGGGUGGGUUUGGCCCUGUUUAUAAGGGUCAGUUGAGAGAUGGGCAAGAGAUUGCUGUCAAGAGGCUGUCUAAGGAUUCUGUGCAGGGUUUGGAUGAGUUCAAGAAUGAGGUCAUGCUGAUCGCCAAACUUCAGCACAGAAACCUUGUCAGGCUUCUUGGUUGCUGCAUCCAACGCGAGGAAAGAAUGUUGAUAUAUGAGUACAUGCCAAACAAGAGCUUGGACACCUUCAUAUUUGAUACAACAAAAGCUGCAUUAUUGAGUUGGCAAAAGCGUCUUGACAUCAUUAUAGGAAUUGCUCGAGGACUUCUUUACCUUCAUCAAGAUUCUAGACUGAAAAUAAUUCAUAGGGACCUGAAAGCUAGCAAUAUUCUGCUUGAUAAGGACAUGAAUCCCAAAAUUUCAGAUUUUGGCACUGCAAGAAUAUUCAAAGGAGAUCAAAAUCAAGAGAAUACAAGGAGGGUGGUUGGGACAUAUGGUUAUAUGUCGCCAGAGUAUGCAAUGGAUGGCAUCUUUUCAGUGAAAUCUGAUGUUUUUAGCUUUGGAGUUAUCAUACUAGAGAUACUAAGCGGUAAGAAAAAUAGAAUGCUGAAGCAAGUGGAACCCCAUGUAAAUCUUUUAGGAUAUGCAUGGAGAUUAUGGGAGGAAGACAGAUGCUUGGAGCUACUUGAUAAAGCAGUGAAAUGUUCAUACCCUAUAUCUAAGGUAUUGCGAUGUAUACAAAUUGGUCUCUUGUGCGUGCAAGAGGGAAGCGAAGAUAGACCAACAAUGACAGAAGUAGUUCUUAUGCUGAGCAAUGAAGGGGUGGCACUAACACAGCCUAAAAGGCCUGGUUUCUGCAUAGGAAGGACUCCCAUAGAAAGAGAUUGUUCUUCCACUGAGCAACAUUCUAGUACGGUAAAUGAGAUCACGGAUACACUGCUUGAAGGCCGAUAAAACACUGAGCUCAACAAGCACAUUUUCUGUGAGGCAAAAUUAGCCACUUCUGCGGCCUAAAGAUAAGUUGGUUUCAUUUGGUAGAGAUGGGCUAUCAAAGUAAAUUUCAAGAUUCAGUUUGUAUAUUGGCCAUUCUUUAAUUCAUGAGAGGAGUCGACAGCAUAAAUUUCUAACCUCAUAAGAUCUAUGGCUUCUGUCCAUUACCCCAAGUUGAUUACUGAAGUCUGAAAUAAAAGGUGAAGGUAAUAUAUGGAUUUUAGAUUCUAAGUCCUGUCCUGUUGUACUAGCUGAAUUAUGAAUUUGUAAUAUAUGCUGAUCUUGUGAAGCUAUACCUAGCCUGAUUAACAAAUCCAUCAAUUGAAGUGGAAUCUAGUUUGUUGUCCU